AUGAAGGCUACUUGCGAUAUUAUUGGUCGCUCCGUUUUGGGUAUAAGUCUGGGCAUUCAAACAGGCGUUGACGACAAGAUUUUCCCGACACUCAAAAGUGCAAUCUCACUACUUGUCACGGACUGGUCGCCACAUCAAUGGGGUAGACUUCUGAAUCCUUUCCGCCACUCUCGUCUCGCGUCUCUAAAUCGUCAACUCCGCAGCCAACUGCAGCCACUGAUAGAAGCUCAACUUCAAAAUCACGAACGCAACGAUGGACCAAAGACGGUGAAUGGUCUCGCUAUCAGAACAUAUAUGAAGGAUUAUGGCUCUGAAGGUGCUUCAGACGGCACUAUUGAUCCUGAAUUUUUGGAUGUCACCAUUGAGAAUCUCAAGAUCUUCCUCUUCGCUGGCCAUGACACCACUGCAUCGACUCUCUGCUUUGCUUACAAUUAUCUUUGCCAGCAUCCGGACGUCCUUGCCAAGUUGCGGCUGGAGCACGAUGCGGUCUUGGGUAUUGACCCAUCUGCUGCAACCAGAAGGAUAUCCGAAGCCCCGACACUGCUUAACCAGCUUCCUUAUACCACUGCGAUCAUGAAAGAGACUCUGAGAUUAGAACCACCAAUUGGGUCUUGUCGAGAAGGCUCUCCGACCUUCUUUCUGAGACAUCCUGAAACAGGGCAGCAGCUUCCAACAGACGGCUUCAUCCUCUUCUCAGCGAGCAAGGCCAUCCACAGAAAUCCCAAGUUCUGGUCUGAACCUGACAAGUUUAACCCGGAAAGAUGGCUUGAACUUGCCGUUCAUAAGAACGCAUUUCGUCCAUUUGAGCUAGGUCCUCGGGGAUGCAUUGGCCAGGAAUUGGCUUUAACGGAGUUGAGACUUCUGCUUGCCAUGACAGUUAGGGAGCUUGAGAUUGUGCCUGCAUACAAGGAAAAGGAUGAAGUUCUACUGGGGUAUCAAGCUUACCAGGCACAAAUGCCGGGAGAACUGACAGCACAUCCUAGUAAGGGCAUGCCUGUCAUGGUAAGGCUUAGGAAGGUCGGAAAUACCAAGGAGUAG